AAAAGAUUAUGGAUAGGAAAACGGAACUGUGUCUGAAUUGAAGAGCCCCACCGGAUAAAGCAUACAUUACGCGUAGAAGGAACGCGUGAAUUAUAGAGAUAAGUACGCAGGUGUAUCGCUUGUUAAUAACAUCAUCCGCAGGGAUUUUCUGUUUUUACAAAGUUUCAACUUCCUAAGGAAAAAGGGAAGAAUAGGCGUAAUUCAUCCGUCAGUCUGGUUAUAAUUCAAAUUCAAAUAGAAAUGGAUGGUGGAAGGGGCAAUCAAGAUAGUCAGGACAAAGGGUGGUUCUCUAAUCUUGCAGCAUAUGCCGGUGGAGCUGGACACUAUCCUCCACCUCAUGGAGCUUACCCUCCUCCAGGCUAUCCUCCCCAUGGCUAUCCUCCUCCCGCAGGCUAUCCUCCCCCCGCAGGCUAUCCUCCUCUAGCUGGAGGAUAUCCUCCACCUCAUGGGUACCCGCCGGCAGGGUACCCACCAGCGUCAUAUCCUCCCCCACAUGGAUACCCUCCAUCAGGUUAUCCUGGUCCAUCUCACUCAGGUCCUGGAGUCGGAGCACUCCUAGCAGGAGGUGCAGCAGCAGCAGCAGCUGCUUAUGGGGCUCACCACUUGGCACAUGGCGGACACUAUCAUCACGGUGGAUUUUUCGGCCAUCAUGGGAAGUUCAAGCACGGCAAGUUCAAACACGGGAAGUUUGGGAAACGUUGGAAGCAUGGCCAUGGCAUGUUUGGGAAGCACAAGUUCAAGAAAUGGAAAUAAUGCGACAGGAUCCUCAUUUUUCUUAAAUGGCUUGCAUCCACUGCCGGCAUCUUUCUUUUCUACGAAUUCUCAUGGAAUGGAUGUUUUCUUAUUUUUCCUCUUGGUGAUGAAUUCUCAUGCACUCUGAUGUUGGAACGUGGUUUGUUUCGUUAUGCCUUUGUAUAGAGCUGCCGUUAAUAAUAUUCCUGAAUCUUUUAUUACCUGAAAUUUCUGAAAAUUUAUUGCGCUUCGAACUCAGGCUGUGUGUAUAAUAUGUUUCUUUGGUUAUAUUA